AUGUCCGAAUCGGAUGUUCUCCAGUCUGCGGUGCGCGUGCCCACGCCUCCCCCAGGCGCGUCGUAUUCACCAGCCGCAACCUCUCGCAAACGCUCACCUCCCUCUCGUUCCCCCUCUCCAAAUCGUCGUCGAUCGCCUCCCGGUGAUUCCCUUCGAGAAGGUAUCGAUGUUUCCAAAGUCGACGCAGAACAUGCCGAUGACAGAGAACGACAACUCGCUGAACGUCUUCGCGAACACGAGAAGCGCGAAGCGGCGCGCAAGCCGAUGACCGAGGAACAAAAACAGGCCUCAGCAAAGGCAGAAUAUGAGAAGCUGCUCAACAUGCGAUCCGGUGGCACUUACAUCCCUCCAGCCCGACUCCGUGCGUUACAGGCACAAAUUACGGACAAGACAAGCAAGGAAUACCAGCGCAUGGCGUGGGAAGCUUUGAAGAAGUCGAUCAAUGGUCUGAUCAACAAAAUCAACGUUUCCAACAUCAAGUUCAUUGUUCCGGAACUCUUUGCGGAGAACUUGGUGAGGGGCCGAGGAUUAUUCUGUCGGUCGAUUAUGAAGGCGCAGGCGGCCAGUUUGCCCUUCACUCCAAUCUAUGCAGCGAUGGCGUCUAUCGUCAACACCAAGCUUCCGCAGGUUGGCGAUUUAUUGCUAACCCGGUUGAUUGUCCAAUUCCGCAAGGCCUUUAAGCGAAACGACAAGGCAGUUUGCAUUUCCUCUACAACUUUCAUCGCGCAUCUCUGCAAUCAACAAGUCGCCCACGAAAUGUUGGCUGCUCAGAUCCUAUUGCUUCUUUUGCACAAGCCAACGGACGACAGCGUGGAGAUUGCUGUGGGUCUCACUCGAGAAGUUGGUCAGCACUUGGAGGAGAUGAACGCCCCCAUCGCACUUGCCGUAUUCGACCAAUUCCGAAAUAUUCUACACGAGGCCGAUAUUGAUAAGCGUGUACAAUAUAUGAUCGAAGUGCUCUUCCAGGUGCGCAAGGAUCGGUACAAGGACAACCCAGCAAUUAAGGAGGAGUUGGACCUAGUGGAAGAGGAGGAUCAAAUCACACACCGUGCCGGCUUGGAUGACGAGCUGGAAACCCAAGACACUCUCAACAUCUUCAAGUACGACCCAGAGUGGGAGGAGCACGAGGAGGCUUACAAGAAAUUGAAGGCCGAGAUCUUGGGCGAGGGGAGCGACGAGGAUAGUGAGCAUGAAUCAGAUGAAAGCGAAGAGGAAGAAUCCGAUACAGAAGAAGUACAGAUGGAUAUUAAGGAUCAGAGUAAUACUGAUCUGGUCAACCUUCGCCGAACAAUCUACCUCACAAUCAUGUCCAGCAUUGAUUUCGAAGAAUGUUGCCACAAGCUAAUGAAGAUCAACCUGCCGGCCGGGUUGGAGCAUGAACUUCCGUCCAUGAUCAUUGAGUGUUGCUCCCAGGAACGGACAUACUCCAAAUUCCUUGCCCUGGUUGGAGAGCGAUUCGCCAAGAUCAACCGACUCUGGUCAGACCUGUUCGAGGCUGCCUUUGCCAAAUACUAUGAUACCAUCCAUCGUUAUGAAACAAACAAACUGCGCAAUAUCGCCUUGUUCUUCGGCCAUCUCAUCAGCAACGAUGCGAUUGGUUGGCAUGUCUUGUCCGUGGUUCAUCUCAAUGAAGAGGAGACCACAUCCAGCAGCCGUAUCUUCAUCAAAAUCCUGUUCCAAAGCCUCGCAGAGAAUCUUGGUCUGCCUGGACUACAGGCCCGCUUCAGGGAUGAUAUCCUGCAACCAAGCUUCGCGGGUCUCUUCCCAACGGACAACCCACGCCACACUAGGUUCUCUGUCAACUACUUCACCAGUAUCGGUAUGGGUUCCCCGCUCUGCCUGAGCGAGCUUCUCGGUCCCUGUCGCGCACUCCAUCUGAUCGAUCCCGUUCGAUGUGCUCAACAUGCACUGGAUCUCCUCACUCCCGCCGUUCCCGGUCACCUUCGUACUCCCGCUCUCCUUCUAGGGACCGCGGACGCUCCUACUCUCGCUCCAUCACUCCCUCCUCCAGAGGCCGAAGCUACACACCUUCACGCUCUCGGUCCCCAGUCCGUCGCCGUCGUGGCACAUCAGUCAGUCGGUCCCGGACCCCCGCACGACGAUCCCGAUCCCGAUCCCGAUCCGUCUCCCGCACACCGGCCAAGCGUAGCCGAGCACGAUCCCGCUCCUACGACUCACGAAGCCCAAGUCGCAGUCCCUAUCGAUCUCGUCGCUCGGUUACUCGGUCUGUCACACCGCCGCGUCGAGGCCAAAGCCCUCCUAGCCGGAGAAACCGCAGCUACACCAGAUCAAUUUCCCGAUCCGUCACACCUCCACCUCGUCGUGAGCCCGCUAGGAGUGCGAGACGGUAUUCGUCUGAAUCUGUGUCGCCCCCUCCCCGCCGACGACGCGGGGCUACAGACUCUGUCUCCCGCUCGCCCACUCCUAGGCGUCGGGCCGACUCACGGGGUCGAAGCUAUUCGCGAACCCCACCUCGACGCAGAUAAAAUGGAAGGCUCUGAUGCUUGA